CGGGACGAGUACUUGAAGGGGAGCGGUCUCGGGGAAGCGGGAGCUCCUUUUCGCUCCUUUCGCUCCUUCUCGUUGGCUGCCCGCGUUCCUGCGUGCGUGCCAUCUGCGGAGCACCUCGUGAAAUUGACAUUGACAGUAGAAGGUAAUGUCCGGAGCUAUUUCUCUAGCGUCGAGGUACUGGUGUCUCAGCGUGCCACGCUGUGUUCCUUCUCGAGGGCUGAGUCUGACUUGUCCCGAGUCCGUAGUUCAUUAUCGGUUUCCUAGAGCACGAUUUCUGCUUCCGAGGCCUGCUCGCUCGUUUCGUCUCUUUGCUUCUAUUGGAACGAUGGCCGGAACCGAAGUAACCAACAGGCAGGUUCUUUUUAAGAAUUAUGUUGUAGGCUGGCCCAAAGAAUCAGACAUGGAGGUGGUGACAACUACCAAAAAGUUGGAGCUAAGAGAAGGGCAAAAGGAUGUAAUUCUUAAAGUCUUGUACUUGUCUUGUGAUCCUUAUCAAAGAGGGCGCAUGCGCGAUUCUUUGGAUUCCUACAUCCCACCUUUUACUCCUGGCAAGCCCCUUGACGGAUAUGGUGUUGGCAAAGUUGUCCUAUCCAAUGACCCGGACUUUAAGGAGAAUGAUAUUGUCGAGGGGUUGAUGGCCUGGGAGGAGUACUCUCUGGGUUUCAAGUUAACCAAAAUCGAGUCAGAUGCGGUUCCCGUCUCUUACUACUUGGGUGCCCUAGGAAUGGCUGGAUUCACAGCAUAUGUUGGUUUUUUUCAUGUAUGUCAACCAAAGAAGGGGGAAACAAUAUAUGUCUCAGCAGCUUCAGGAGCAGUGGGACAAAUGGUUGGUCAGUUUGCCAAGCUCUUUGGCUGCCAUGUGGUUGGCAGCGCUGGUAGUGCGCAGAAGGUUGAUCUUCUGAAAAACAAAUUUGGAUAUGAUGAAGCCUUUAAUUACAAGGAAGAACCUGACCUGGAUGCUGCUCUGAAAAGGUAUUGUCCAGAGGGUAUUGAUAUGUACUUCGAGAAUGUUGGUGGAAAGAUGCUCGAUGCUGUUCUUAUGAACAUGAAAGUUUUUGGACGAAUUGCAGUUUGUGGAAUGGUCUCACAGUACAAUAACGUGGAGCAAGAUCCUAUUUAUAAUCUUAACUACACCGUGAAGAGAAGAAUAAAAAUUCAGGGUUUCCUGCAAAGUGACUUCGUCCAUUUGAGACCUGAGUUCAAGAAAACAGUUGUUGAGUGGUUCAAGGAAAAGAAGUUAGAGUACGUGGAGGAUAUGGCCGAUGGCAUAGAGAAGGGACCGGCAGCCUUGAUUGGGAUGCUGGCAGGGAAGAACGUUGGAAAGCAAGGCAUAAAAGUUGCAGAUAAUUAGAAGAGAAAAGGAAGGAUACGGCAAUCAUUGAUCAUUUGAAGUAAGCCAAACGAUCAUUGCAAUGGUAAGCUGAAGGUGAGACCUAAAUGGAGUGAUGAUAGUUUAUUUAAAAGCUUUCACAAAGUCCAGUGUUCUGAAUCUAUGUUCAGGUAAGCUGGUUCAGGUUUUUGUAAGGUGCAUACUCAAAGAUAGUUGAGGUUUGCAACCCUUAUGUCAGAAAAAUAAACCCUGUCCACGUCGGCUGGGGAUCCACUGGACUUUUCAGCAUAUACCGUCAUCACGACGUAGUGCAGUUACCACAGAGCAGCCAUGUUUUUCCUCGGCUAGUAAAAUUUCACUUUUGCAUAUCUGCAGUCGAUGUACAGCAGUCGUGUAUUUAAAGAUCUAAAUCAUCCACGUCGUGGCGAACUCCGUAUGAAUAUUGCACUGGAAAGGAGGGAGAUGUGCACAAAUUUCUUAUUUUGUGGAAAUGUCUCAAAGUAGUAGGUGAUAGGGUACAAUUUCUUUGCAUCUGUGUAAAAGUUUAGUUCGUGAAUAGCAAAUUGGGAAUGUAUCUCUGAAGAGAUAAAAGGGUUUUGUAUUGGGAUAUAUAUUCGAUAGUAUCUAUAAUUAAAAUUCUUUGUAACUAUCAUAGAGUGUGAUCAUUGAGACGGAGAAGAUGCCGAGCAUCCCCUCCUUGAAUUGCAUACGUCGUGGGCUUAGAGGAGUCGUCUUGAGACUGAGCCCGAGCCCGAGACCGAUCUCAGUCUGAAGCCCAGGCAUGGCAAAAUGUUAAGUGCCCAGGCAUGGCAAAAUGUUAAGUGCCCCGAGCAACCAGGUGGAACGGACAAACUUCCUAUUUUCUGACUGAAGUCGUCGAUGCUGGUAAAGAGGCAGGAAAUGUAAACAGCCAAUUUUUCGGAGAUGUAUUGAAGGAGACAGUGAAGUGGUCAGCGGUUGAUACAUCCGCAGGGAAUGAUGAACCAACCUUGCUCAUUGAGGAUCAUAGAGGACAGAUUUGCUAAGUGAAAGUAACAUAUAUGAGUUUGAUGAUUCAUAUCUUGUAAUAUGUUUUAUCAUUUUCGUUGUCGACAUAGACGAGAUAUGAAGCCAUUGAGGAUACUAGACAAUAAUCCGCUAUAGUAUAGUGGGUACCAUUGAGUUGUAAGAUAUCAUAAAGUGGUUAGAUUUGGUAUCUUAUUUUCAGCGGAUGCUUAAUUUUAUGUCAUCUUCACGUUUGGAUGGUAGGGUAGGGUUUAGGUUUAGGUAGGGAUGGUAUUAUUGUAGUAUUUAAAGCGUCCAGUCUUUGGACGAUUAUCAUGAAAUUAGUUAGUAUGAGGAGACUGAGUUGUGCCGACAAUAUUUCUUUGUUUAUUAAGUCUGUUGCAGUGUUUGGUAGGGCCGGUUAUCUUUUGUACUCAUCAUAAGAUAGAGGCGAUCUGCUGACGUGUAAAGAGUUCAAAAGUUUGAACAUUUAUAUCGAAAUUGGAUUCAAUUCCUCACUUGAGUAGAG